UCAGGAUGUCCGAUGAUGAGAGUUCUGAUAACUCAAAUGAUGAACUGAUGCCUGAAACAGACUGCAAAAGCGAACACCCUACUCACCAUCCCAUCUUUGAAAACUUUACAGCAGAGAAACAAAAUGAUGAGAAUCCCACAAUACAUGUCCUUAACGAUGAUUGCAUGUAUUUACUGUUUGAGUACAUGGACAUCAUAGAUAUAAUGAGACUAGCUACUGUUUGUAAGCGGUGGUAUAAUCUUUGUCUCAACAAAAUGAGUCUCAUCAGUAAAAUUGAGCUCAACCCAACUUUCAGUAUCUUCAGACUUAACAAGUCCCUUUCUCAGAGCAGCUUCAUUUCUGUUCUGGUUUUGACGAGAAAUAAUCUAACUAAUCUGGAUAUCUCACAGAGUUCUUUGUUAUUGGACUGGGCUUCUUGUAGGGCCAUCUCAGAGCUUUGUCCGUUUCUUGAGGAACUGAAUCUAUCUAAAAUGAAGAUUAACAACAAACUCGCAUCAUGUUUUUCCAAAUUUAUGCCACUUAAUCUGAAAUCACUCAUUUUGAAUGGAUGUGUCUCCUUCAAGGAAAGAUGCCUCGAACACAUCUUAGAGAAUACAAAAGAACUAACUAAGUUGGAUGUCUCAUAUAAUCAUAAAAUAACCGGCGGUAGUAUCGCGAAACAUACGGGACAAAACAAGAUGACUCAUUUUAUCUUUACUGAGUGUUAUCGAUUAAAACCGCUUGUAGUGCAAUUUGUCUUGUCCAAUUUUGAGGAAAGCCUCCACCACCUCGAUUUGAGCAUGUGUCCCGUAAAGGUUUUUGAGAUUUGUACAGACCAAAUGCCUAGUCUUAAAGAGUUAAAGGUUUUUAAAGCCAAAGUUUCCGAUUAUGAGUUCGAUAAACCAUCUAAUGACAGCAUAUCCAACUUUCUAAGACUCAUGCCCAACCUUGAGUUUCUUGACCUAGAAAAUAACCAAAACGCUGGGCAGGGCAAUUUCAUCAGAUCCAUCACGCAGUUGUGUCCAAGACUCAGAUAUCUAAAUCUAUCAAAUUGCAUGGCUAAAAGUGCAGAGACUUUAUUCAUACUUCAAUAUCUGGAGAGCUUGGAAACACUAUAUCUGAAUGGGUUACCAAAUAGUUUAGAUUUCAAAGAUCUCAUUGAUUCAACUCUUUUGAAAUGUUCAGAACUACAAUCUCUCUCUUUACAGAACUGCUCUGUAGACGAUGCAGGUGUUUUCUCCUUGAUAUCAGGGUUAGAUAAACUCAGGAGUCUGGACCUCAGGAGUUGUAUUCUUGUUUUAGAUGGAAGUUUUAUCAACCUUUGCGAAGGACUCAACAGACAGACCCCACUUAAGAUAUACGCCCAAGAUACCGUAAUGCAGGAGGAAGAAUUUCCAGUCAUCCCUGAAUUUCUCAAAAUAAACUUUGGCUUGCCCAACUUCCAAGAUGAUUACGAUGAAUUUUUCGGGGGACCAUACGAUGAGUUUGAUGCGAUGGAUGAGUUUCGUGAAAAUGUUGAGGAUGAGUUGGACGAGGAUUAUUGGGGUGGUGCUUACGUGGACGAAGCUGGGCAGUUUGCGGGGCCAGGGUUUGAAUACCAGGAGUAUCAAGAUUUUAAUGAAAACGAAUUUCAAGCUCAGGAGGGGGAUGAUUGGUGGUGAUUGUUUUUUGAAUGUUAAUUGUUUUUUAAUGUUUUUCAUAAAUGUGCUGAGGUUGGUUUUUAAUGUUAAAGUUUAUUGGUAAACAGACAAUUUUUUUCGUAGUAUACUCAGUUAUCACUUAUCUGUUCCGACUUUCCGAUACAAGAACUGAUAAGAAUCAAUUCAGCUUCUUGUAUUCCGAGUUUUGUAAUCUUAAACAGAAUUUCAAUACAUUUAUUUGAAUUUUAAUUUACACUUUUGAACAAAUUUAAAUUUUUUGAACUGUUAAAAAUCUGCAUUUAUUUAAAAACAUUUUAAGGUGUUUUAUCAAUAUUGACCAAUUAUUUCAUAUUUUUGGCUGUAUUAACUCCCGCUGAAAUAACAAAU